GGCUCAGGCGGCUGCACGCGCCCAGCCAGCGGCGCACGGAGAUCCGUGAGGGCAGCCCUUCCGUUCGCGCGGCCGCCUCCCGCCUCUCCCAGGAGAGAUGCCCUCCGCAGGCGCGGCGGCGCCCGCCGUGGACCACGGCCUCUUCUGGCUGUGCGCCCUUGGCGCUGGCGUGCUCGGGAUCCUGAUGGCGACGCUGGAGGACGGCAAGCAUGCGGCUGGCGCCGGCGGAGGCCCCACCGCGCACCUGGAGGACGCCGCUGGGCACGCCGACGCGCUUUUCGCGGACUACCUCGGCACCGGCGCCGGCCUCGGUGUCCUGGAGCCGCUGUGGCGGCUCCUUAGCCCAGAUGGCGGGGCGCUGGGCGUCGGCGGCGUUGCCGCUGCCGUCGGGGCCAUUGUGUCCGGCAUCGCGGCUGGGGUCGCGCACCUUCUAAGGUCGUGCCCUCGCAAGGGCGGCAAGCCAGAGCCCGCGGCACCCUCAUCCGGCGCCCCUGUCCGGCCAGAGCGGAUCCACAUGAGCUUCAUGGUGGAGGUGCACGCGUAUUGGGGCUACUUCAGGCUCUUCGUCCUCGGCGCCGCCCGGGAGUACAUCAUCAGGAUUUGGGCCUUCUGCGGGAGCGAGAUGGCGAGGAAGCACAUCGCCCGCGACAAGUGGAACACGGGCUGGGUCGAGUUCUAUUUCCAGCACAUGUACAAGAACAUCGCGGAUUGCUUCAAUCGUCCCAUCGCCUCUGCCCCUGACGCGUGCGUCGACGUCGUCACGCGCGAGCGCAAGGGCGGCUUGUGGUUCCGGCCCCUCCACGAUUUCCAGUGCACCAGCGACACGACGAAGUGCGUGAACCUGGCAUCGUACAAUUACCUGGGCUUCGGGGGGGUGGACGAGUUCUGCACUCCCGCAGCCAAGGCCGCUGCCUUGGAGAGCGGCUUCUCGGCGGGGGGGACUCGCACAGAGGGCGGGACCAUGCCAGUCCACCUGGAGCUCGAGAAACAGAUCGCGAGUUUCUUGAGCAAGGAGGACGCGAUGGUCCUCGGGAUGGGCUUCGCGACCAACUCCACGAUACUGCCCGCGCUCUUCGAGGCCAGGGCCGGGGGCGCAGGGGUCCUCGUGCUCAGCGACAAGCUGAACCACCGUUCCAUCGUCGAGGGCGUGCGGCUCUCAGGCGCCACCGUCCGUGCAUUCUCGCACAACGACAUGGGCGACCUGGAGGCUCAGCUGAAGAAGGCCGUGGAGGAGGGGCAGCCUGGCGGAAAGCCCUGGCGCAAGGUGUUUGUUGUAGUGGAGGGCAUCUAUUCCAUGGAGGGGGACUUCUGCCGGCUGCGCGAGAUAGUCACGCUGAAGAACCGCUAUCUGGGCGUACCUCUACCUGGACGAGGCCCACUCGAUCGGGGCCGUGGGCGCCACCGGCCGGGGCGUCACGGAGCUGUUGGGCGUCCCGACCGACGAGGUCGACGUGAUGAUGGGGACCUUCACGAAGUCCUUUGGCAGCGCGGGCGGCUACGUCGCCGCCUCCAAGGAGAUCAUCUCCGCGCUGCGGCGGAACGCUCCCGGCAGCGCCUGCGCCUCCGCCAUGGCGCCACCGUGCGCCGCACAGGCCCUUGCGGCGCUGCGGCUUAUCACUGGGGAGAUCGGAGGUAGCGUUGGGGCGCAGAAGCUGGCCCAGAUCCGGGACAAUUCCAACUUCUUCCGGUCCCGCCUCGAGGAGGAGGGCUUCAAGGUGCUCGGCGACGUCGACUCGCCCAUCGUCCCGGUGAUGCUCCACCACCCCCACAAGAUGGCCCGGUUCUCCCGCGCCUGCCUCGAGCGGGGGAUCGCCGUCGUCAUCGUGGGCUACCCGGCCGUGCCGGUGCUGUACGAGCGGGUCCGCUUCUGCAUCUCCGCGUCGCACACGAGGCAGCAGCUGGCCGGGGUCGUCGCCACGGUGACCGACAUCGGCAGGAGCAUCGGCGUCCUCUUCGAGAAGUCGAUGGGCCGCGCGGAGCUCGCCGCGCGGGCGGAGCUCGACGCCGCCUACGCCUCGUGGCUCCGCCGCGCGCCCCUGCAGCUGCGGGACGGUGCGGCGCCCGCGGAGGCCGCCGCCGGGUGGGCUCCCGAGCCCGUGGCGCCCGCCGCGCCUGCCUUGGAGGGCGUCCCCGCGCUGGCGCUGGAGGCCGCCACGGUGGCGGAGCCGCGGGGAUCCGCGCUCGACGCGCGCCUGUUCGACCCCCUGGGCUGGGCCGCGCGGCCGCCCGAGUCGGCGCGCCAGGCCAUCGGCACCGCCAUGCAGAUCUACGGCUUCGGCUCGUGCGGCCCGCGGGGGUUCUACGGCUCGACCAUGCCGCACAUCGAGCUGGAGAGGGCGCUGGUAGCGUUCCUGCGCACGGAGUCGGCCAUCUCUUACUCGGCCGGCUGCGCGACGAUGUCCAGCGUGCUGCCGGCGCUCGUGCAGCCCGGGGACAGGGUGGUCGUGGACUCGGAGGCGAGCCUCGGCAUCCGGACGGGGCUGCGCCUCUGCCGAGCGGAGGUGCACUGGGUCGAGCACGGCAGCCUCGCAGGCAUCAGGGCCGCGCUGGCCAAGCCGCUGCCGCCGUCGGGCGCGGGGUCCGAGGCGGCGGGCAGGCCCAGGCGCACCUUUGUCGUGGUGGAGGCGCUGUGCCCGCGGACAGGACGGGUGGCGCCCUUGGCGGACCUGGCCGCGCUCAAGGAGGAGCACGGCGCGCUGCUCGUGCUGGACGAGACGCUUUCGUUCGGCACGCUGGGCAGGCACGGCCGCGGCCUGUGCGAGCACGCCGGCGUGGACGAGGGCCGCGUCGACGCCAUCGUCGGCUCCCUCGAGCACGCGGUCGCCGGGGUGGGCGGCUUCUGCGCGGGCCGCCGGGGCCUCGUGGAGCACCAGCGCCUGGCUGGCGCCGGCUACUGCUUCUCGGCGGCGUGCCCACCCUCGGCCUGCCUGGCGGCCGCCGCCAUGAUGGGGGACCUCGCCAGCCCCGAGGGCGCGGCCCACGUGGCGCACCUCGGGGCCAACGCGGCCGCGCUGCACGAGGCCCUCCGCCCUCCGCGCGGCCAUGGCUGCGAGCGGCGCCGCCGUGGAGCUCAUCAGCAGCAGGGAGUCCUACGUCCAGCACCUCCGCUGGACUGGCGCGGCCGGCCUCGGCGAGGAGCGGCUGCUCGGCAUCGCGGCCGCCUGCGCGGCUGCAGGCGUGCGUGCGCAGGUCUGCGCCCCAGGCCGCGUGCAUGCCGAAGGCGCCUUCGGCGCCCGCGUGGGCGCGCCGCCGCCAGCCGCGGCCAGCCUCCGCUUCUGCGCGUCCACGCAGAUGACCCGCGAGGACAUCGAGACCAUUGGAUCCGCGGUCGGUGCGGCGCUGAAGGCACUGUGAGGCUUUUUUUCUGCCUGCCACGGGGCGGCGCGAUGGCAACCAUUCCAGUGACGGUUGUGAGGUUGGACCCAGACCUACAGCAAAUGCCACGAAAAAUGCCCCACACACAUUCACACACACACACACACACCUCGUUAUUGUAAGGCCCCUCGUCCGUGGCAUGGGCUGCGCGCGCGUCUCUGGACAGUCUGAUCCUUGCAUGGUCCAAAGAUGCGGCUGGCAAUGAGCGGAGACGUCCGACUUGUUUUUGCUGGAAUGUAAAAUCAUUCCAGUCUGCGCCUGCGCGUAACACUUACUGCGACUACGGAUCGACUUGCAUGUUCAUGUCGCCAUCACUGAGCCUUUGUGAGGCCACUUCCUACCUGUUUGGAGAUGUCCUAUAUAUCUGCAUCUCUUGCCUUCGCAGUAAUGCGUGGAUAACGAACACUGUGCGCCUCCUGCCUGCCAUCAGAUGGUACGGCGAUGCAUGCACGAUUAUCUGCAUGAGUGUUCGUUGUUAAUUUGGGCAGACCUCGGUCCAGCGUCUUUGGGCGUCAUGGUCACAGCAAAGCACCCUUUCAUCGAGCCAUACGAACAUCGCGCCCUUCUCAUUGUUCCUGUUGUCUUCCCUCUUGAUGCGCUAUCAUUCGCUUCCGUCUGGAAACGCCCCCCAAUCAGUCCUCGCACGACCAAGGGCGUGGACGAAAUGGCAAAGGUUAAUCUGCAAUCCGAUCGAACGUUGUGCAGAGUUUACAUGUCGAACAUGGUAAGUUUGCAGGUAGCUGGGUGCUAGCAGAGUCACCAGGGCUCCAUAUUGCAACUGCGCGCCCUGUUUCGUCUUGGGCGCUGCAGCUCAGAGGACG